AUGGCUGAUCCUUUUCUAUAUAAUACUGGAGAAAGGUCUCACUAUGGGUGCCUUGGCCAUGAAGUACAAAUUGACUACCUUAAGGCAUAUGUUUGUAGACCAUCUUUUUCCACGGACAAAGCUGUGAUUGUGGUCCAUGAUGUAUUUGGAUGGCAGUUCCCAGACAUUAGAUACAUCGUUGAUCUGAUAGCAGGUCAUGGAUUUAUAACCAUCUGCCCAGACUUCUUCAAGGGGACAAAACCCUGGACAUCUACUGAUCACUGGGCUGAUUUUCCUGACUGGUUGAAAAAUCAUGAUCCUAUGAAAGUAGACAAGGAAGCUGAUGUUGUCUUGAAGUAUCUAAAGGAACAAUGCGGUGCAAAGAAGAUUGGUAUCGUUGGGUUUUCCUGGGGUGGAAUGGCAGUACAUCACUUGAUGCUGAAAAAUCCUCAAUUAGCCGCUGGGGUGUCCCUCUAUGGAAUAGUAAGAGACUCUGAAGAAAGAUACCGUUUACUAAAUCCCACAUUUUUCAUUUUUGGUGAGAAAGACCACACGAUUGCUUUAGAUCAGAUCUUCUUAUUGGAGGACAAGCUGAAACAGUAUUGUAAAGUUCCAUACAAAAUUAAAGUUUAUCCUGGGCAAGUUCAUGGGUUUGCACAACUGAAGCCAGAAGAUAUGAAACCUGAUGAUAAACCUUAUAUUGAAGAAGCUAGAAGGGAUAUGAUUGAUUGGAUCAAAAUGUUCGUUUGA